AAUAAUUUAAAUAGUUGAGAUAUCAUCAUCGUCCUUGUCGUGUCCGUAUCAGCAACACAAAAAACCAGCAUGAACACCUGCACAUUCCGAGCUCCAUUUUUCAACCACUUGAAACACCAAUCCUCCAAUUCACUCUCCAUCUUCCAAUACUCAACCAACAAUUCAUUCAAAAUGAACAACAGCAAGAAUAAUCCCCAACUUUCCUUCGAUGAAUCGGCGUACGAGGCGGAGAGGCUUCGUCUGGACGCAAAAGCACGAGAAUCAAUGGCCAUUGAAGCGGCUGAAAUAGAGGAUGAUCCCAAGGGUUGGAAAUGGGUGAUUCGUAAGAGGAUUUGGGAUUUCAUGGAGGCGAGUAAUAUUGCGCAGUUUCCGAGACCUGUUCAUCAUCGGAUUCCUAAUUUUGUUGGUGCUCCAGCUGCUGCUGAUAAAUUGAGUAGGCUGGAGGUGUUUCUGGAGGCUAAUUGUGUGAAGGUUAAUCCUGAUACACCACAAAAACAAGUCAGAUUCUUGACACUUAAUGGUGGAAAGAAGCUACUUACUCCACAACCGCGUUUAAGGACAGGGUUUUUCUCUGUACUUGAAGCGGAUACGUUAAAUCCUAGUACCAUGAACGAGGCAUGCACCUCUGUCGGGGUAGCAAAACACGGACGGCCCAUUGGAUUAGAUGAGAAGAUUAAGGUGGAUCUUAUUGUCAUUGGCUCUGUUGCUGUUGAUCCGAAAACCGGAGCUCGUCUUGGCAAGGGUGAGGGAUUUGCAGAACUUGAAUAUGGAAUGCUGCGUUAUAUGGGAGCGAUCGAUGACUCGACUCCAGUCGUUACGUCUGUGCAUGAUGAACAACUGGUAGAUGAUAUUCCUGUUGAGAAGCUGCUAAUCCAUGAUGUCCCUGUUGACAUCAUAUGCACUCCCACCCAAGUUAUUUUCACCAACACAUCUAUCCCCAAACCACAAGGUAUUUACUGGGAUAAAUUAUCACCCGAAAAGCUGAGUCAGAUCAAAAUCCUUAGACAAUUAAAAGCGAAAAUCGAAGGAGAAACUGGACAGAAACUUCCCACCGGCCCUUCCGAGAAGCUGCCUCCAACUGCUCAAAGACGACAAAGACAAAAGCGAUAGUUUUGUUGCGUCUUCUGAGAAAAAUGGCCCGAUAAACACUCCUACCUAAGCUCGCUUAACUGUGGAGUAAUCCACUACCUGAAACGCGUCAAUGGUAUUUGAGAUGAGCCAUUUCUUAUGAUCUAGUGGACGAAAUGUCGUAAUAUAAAUUUCCCUUUGUCCAUUUGUUAUGACAGUGAGAUUCUUGUACUACAUACACUUUACACAUAUAUAAACCAUGCCUUCUGAAACAAGAUUUCCCAGAA